UUGUGGUGUGAACGCACCAUAAUUUGAAAAUCAAUUUUAUCAAAGCGGUUUUCCGUUCUAGAGUUUUUUUUUUCAUGAUCAUAGGCGCCGUGCGAUUUUGACUUCUUUUACCGUGUUCACCGAAACAAGCGCAAACAUGGCAGAGGUCGACGAAACCCUUAAGAAGAAGAGGACCUUCAGAAAGUUCACCUUCCGAGGUGUUGACUUGGACCAACUCUUGGAUAUGUCCCAUGAGCAACUCAUGGAACUUAUGCAUGCUCGUGCGCGUAGGCGUUUUUCCCAUGGACUUAAGCGUAAACCAAUGGCUCUUGUCAAAAAACUACGCAAAGCCAAGAAAGAAGCUCAACCUAAUGAGAAGCCAGAAAUUGUAAAAACUCAUCUACGCAACAUGAUCAUCGUUCCAGAAAUGGUUGGUUCCAUCGUCGGUGUUUACAACGGCAAGACCUUCAAUCAAGUUGAGAUCAAACCCGAAAUGAUCGGCCAUUACCUUGGUGAAUUUUCUGUGACCUACAAACCUGUUAAACACGGUAGGCCAGGUAUCGGUGCCACUCACUCUUCGCGUUUUAUUCCUCUCAAGUAAAUUGUAUAUCUCGCCGAAUAAAAUGGUUUAAAAAAAUAAAAAACAAAAAAAUGUC